UGGGACACGUACAGCAAUAUCGCCCAACCGUGUACGAUGUUUUGACGACAAAUUUUGUUUACCUCUGAAGUGCUCUAUGUUUCUAUAUACACCGGCUGCCUGGAGCAUCGUGACGAAAAAGCUGCAAAUAAGAGAAUGUCUGAAUACUUUUACGAUCUGUAUGACGAAAAUGAAGACAUGUUUGAUACGUAUGAUGACGACAGUGAGAGAUAUCUUAGAAAUUAUCAAACAACCAACUGGAAUGAUGUGUUUGAAAAUUGUAUUGUUCCAUCGUUCUUUCAAAUAUCAAAUUAUGUGAUACCAUUCGUGGCGAUAAAUAUUUUUUUGUGUAUCAGCAAUAAACUUCAAGCACGUUACUUACCGUCGCACUAUAACAUAGCACAUGCUCUUAGUUUUGGAUGCGGCAUAGUGUUGAUAUACAACUCAAUUGAUCAUGGUCAUCAAUACCUCAUCCAAUUAUUUAUAUCUGUGUACCUGUUGGUUAAACUUUCAUUUUUUGAUCAAAUGCGAAUUAGGUUCGAUAUAUUGAUAAGUAUAUAUUCAAUGUUGUAUUUAAUUGUUUGUGAAAUUUUAGAAAAGGAUCCCAAAAUAUGGCACCAUAUACGAGGUGUUUUAAUGGUUGCUGUAAUGAAGUCGAUUUCUCUUGCUAUGGAUACCAGAACUGAUCGGUCUUUGAGGGAUCGAUUUUCUAUGAUCUCGUUUCUAGGUUACAUUUGUUCACCAGCAAACUGUAUAUUUGGCCCUUGGACAUCAUUCAAUGACUACCUGGAAACUAUAACAAAAUCGAAGAGCAGACUUAAACUGAAUUAUAAAUACUUUGCACAUAUCUUGAUCAAUCUCGUAAUAUCUAUUCUAUGUUUGCUUUUUUCAAAUUGUACAGACGCCAUUUUCAAUCCUGAACAUUUAUGGAAAUGGAUAGUCGCAUACGGCACGGCGUUUUCGUUCCGAAUGAGUCACUAUUUUGUGUCAUUUCUAUCGCAAGCCACCAUGGUUUCAUCAGGAUCUAUGCCCAAUGUUGACCAAUCGACGAAAUCGUUGCCAUUUAAACUAUCCCAGUAUUUUGGUUAUACAGUUGUGCGACCAUGGGCCAUAGAAUUUCCAAGAUCUCUCGUUCAUGUCGUAGUAGCAUGGAAUGUUCCAAUGCAUAACUUUUUAAAACAAU